CAAUAUUUGCAAAACUCAAUCUUGCCCUAGAAGUAGCAACAAAUGCUUGAAUCUUUGCGACAAUGCGUCGUCAUCAACAGGGUAAAAUUAAAUUUGUUCUGGUGUGAGCCUCUUUUAUUUUGGUAAAAUUAGUCACUGUUGAAUCCUACUCCCAUUUGUAUUUUGUCACCUUUGUGGCUAGUUAGGUCAAUAGACCCUUGGUGUAACCAAAGCAAAAUAAAUAGCAAGAAUAACAAAGCAAUUGAAGCAAUGCAGAAGCUGGUGAAUUUCUUGUUUUCGACUAUCUUUGGAGUGAAGCAAAAUAUAUUUUCUUUCUACAGUUGCUGGCUGUUGUGGUGCAACUUGUUGAUCAGGGAAAAACGAAAUAUUUAGGAAGUGACUAACUUGUCCAGUUUAAAAGUGGAAGAAAGGAAAAUGAGUUUCAUGGGAGUGAUAGAAUAUUCUUUGUGGCAGAUACACAAAUUGUUAUGAGCAAUUUUUAUAAUAACAAUGGUGUCAGAGUCUGCUUACAAGGCUUAGGCGGAUGGGAAGAUUUCACCUAGCGUGUUUUGUUUUUGCUGAGAUACACAAAUUGUUAUGAGCAAUUUUUAUAAUAACAAUGGUGUCAGAGUCUGCUUACAAGGCUUUGGCGGAUGGGAAGAUUUCACCUAGCGUGUUUUGUUUUUGCUGAGGUAUGAGCAACUUUAGAAACUACUGCAAUGUUGAGUUCAAAUUUCAUGUCCAAUGGUUAAUAUGUUUGCUUGCCCUUUAUGAUCAUUGGAAGGUGAGGAAAUGCCAUACUCAUGAUUCAUGAGAAGCUAAUUAGUUUCGUCUUGAUUCACUUUUUUUACAUAUGUAAGGAAUAGAAUUAGAGUAGAAAAGAAAAGGAAAUCUGAAAAGAAUCUUGAGCUUGUUAUUCAUUUUAAAAAAAAUAAAAGAAUCUUGAGAUUGUUAUUCUGUUGCGUUUUGCAAACCAGUACAUUUGAAACCUUUGAUUGCUAAUUUACUGAUGUCUUGCUGAUUAGAAAAUGAAUAUCUAGGAUCUUUUUGGUGGGAGACAGAAAAAAAUUAGCUGAUCCAACUGUUAUGCCAAUAUUGGUAUUGGAUUAAUUAAAGUUAAAGCAUGUUAUUUUUGAAGGAAAACCAUAAUUUCAGACAACAUUGUGUUCAAUUCUAAGUGGACACUUAAACUAUAGACAUACAAAACUUGAAAAUUACUGGAAUAGGUUGGGUCUAAUGGCAGAUACCUUAUGCCAGAAGAUUGAUAUUGACUUUAUAGGGGUUCAAUCGCAGCAUGAUAGAAAGAGGAGAAACAGAUCACUUCACAAAAUCAUAAAACUAACUCAAUACUAUUUUGCCACUAUCACCUUUACUAUUUCCUGUUCUCAUAUUCUGAAAUUUCAUCAACAAAUUUGUCAAUGUAAACUGUUUCGGUAGAUCAUGUUGACUGAUAAAGCAGUCGCGCCUGUACUUAAAUAUAUACAAGGUUGGGAGUGCCUACGCCCUACAGAACAUCUAACACAUUAUUUCUUGUUUUAUAUGUACAACAAAGAUAUCUCAAUUCUAAACAAGUGGGGUCGGCUAUAUGAAUCCUCACUGACCAUGUGUUUCAAUUUCAGCUCAAGUCGCGUCAUCAUCAUACCAAAUAAAAAAAGAAGUAACAAUAAGAAUAUUAAAAGUUAUUUAUAUGGUUACUGACAUAAAUCUUUGAUAAGUUUAAAAUAUUCUGAGAACAACAAUAGUUUUAAGAUCAACGUUGUAACAAGAUUUAAACCUAUUCCCAACUAGUAUAUAUCACCUAUAUGGAUCUUUUUCUUCCAUUGUGCUGGGGUCUUUUAAGAAAACUUCUUUUCAUGUGAUUUUGAGUCUACCUUGUCCCCUUUGACACCUUCACUCACAAUAGUUUCACACCUAUAGAGUGGUGCAUAACUGCAUUUAUAAGUCAACGUAGGACAUGACUAAACAAUCUCACCGACCUUCUCUCAUUUUAUCCUCAAAGCGUGUUACUUGCACGUUCCGGCAACUAUGGUCUUUUUUAAUCUUAUCUAUUCUUGUAUGACAACACGUCCAUCUUAGCAUCUGCAUCUCUGCAACACUCAUCUUGUGGAUAUGUUGGACUUUGGCGACCCAACAUUCACUAGCAUAUAACAUUGUCGGUCUUAUAGCUAUUCUUAAAACUUGCCCACUUUCGUAGACAUCCUUCUAUCAUAUAACACCACGAUAGCUCUUCUCCAAGCAAGUUGAGGUCAGCUAUAUGUAUAAAUCCUUACUGACCAUGUUACUCCAUUUAAGCUUAUCAUAUAUCUUGCUAGAUACCACAGCCAAUUGCCGCUAAAGCUCAUUAUGGGAGCAUGUUUUCUGUUGGUUGGUCUAUUUUCCAAAUACCACCAAUCUGGCUUCUUUAGUAGAAGGCUAAUUCUUGAAAGAAAAAUAAUGUGGCAAAGAAAAGUUUAAUAAUGAACAUUUUGGUUUGUAUGUUCUUGCAUGAGUCUUUCUGUUAUGCAUCUAAGCAGAAAACAUGAAUAAGAAACUUUUAGCAGUCUCUGUUUUCAAAUAUGGAAGAAAUGGUUUUUUCAACACUCCAACAUGUCUUAGCACUCAGAGGGUUAUAUUUCAGCGGGAGAAGCUACUAAAGUAAAGAAAUUCUCGCUUGCUGAACAGAGCAUUGGGAAACCAGAAGGGACCAAUGAGAAAAGAAGUUAAUCCCCGUGAAGUCCUAAAAGAAAGAGAGAUGAUGAAUCUCUCUGCCACUUAUAAAGAAUUAAGUGAUCUAAUUGUCACAAGCACUGGGGCGCAGGUGAAAAUUACCGAGUGAAGAUACGUAGCAGGGUCUAAAUUGUUGUAUGUAGGAGGAUCCCUAAGGUGUUGAAUGUCUUAUUCUUAUGAGUGGCCUAUGUGAAUACAAAAGCUACUAUUGUAAACAAUGAUCGAAUCGGAAGCCAAAAAGAGGGUGACCCACUUUAUUAACCAAGUGAAUGAUCUUCUCUCCUUUUCCCUUAGAAUCAAAAGUCAAGCAAAAUCCAGACAAGUUGGUGUUUCAUGUUGAGAGCUCAUGUUAGUGGAAUUUCGAAAGAAAAGCUGAAAGUGAGUGACCUCUCACUCACGGUAGCGUUUUCAUCAAUAUGAAAGAGGAAAGGGGUUGAGACUUACAAUUCGAAGACCAAGUCACAAAGGGCUGACUUAGAACAAAGUUUUCGUGUUGUUGAUUUGAAAGAAUGAAAGUCCAUUUCGGGUUGAUCUGAUUCCCCGCUUGCCCACGAGGAUGGCGGGACAAUGUGGUAGGGGUUGCAAACCGGACGGUACACCACUUGGUUUUCGAAGACAGACCACUCGACCGAUUUCACCCAAUUGAAUCAGAAAAAGGUGCCCGCCUUAUGACCCACAAUGAAGGUACGUGCGUUUCGUUCUCUUCGAUCUUCUCUUUGAUUCCUUACCGUCAUUGCCUGCUUAAGACUAAAUGUUCCGCCUUGUUUAGUCUCUUUCUUCAUGCAAGUCUACAAGUUAAUCGAGAAAGCACUGUUAUUUUUGCAUGGGCUUGGACUUGCUUAGAUUAUGAGGAGGCUUGUUGUGAUUUGGCCCUUCCGUGGGCUUUUAUUGAGGAAAGCCCUUUUUUCAUGUGGUUAUGGUCUCUUUUCAAUUGCUUUAUAAAGGGGAACAAAAAGAAAGCAACGGGACUUGAAGGACACAAGCCUCUUUGCUUAAAAAAAUGGGCAUGUCAAGUAAGUUAUCAUUCAAUUAAUGAGUGAUAAAGAUCCAUUGAUGGUUCUUUGUUCUUUCAUGGCAGUUGGUAUAGAUGAUGAAAGGCGGGGUGCUUUUUUCGGGACCGGGUCUGUUGCUUAGUUGAAAACUAUUAAACAAGUCUGCGGUCGCUUCCGAUGGUUAGUUUGUCAACCACGCUUUCUCUCCCUCAAAACAUUGCGUGUUUGAAUAUGUUCUCGCAGGGUCGGAAGGAGCGUCUUUGGCAACAUUUCUUUCACAGGUGGCCGAUUGUGCAGUUUCUGGUCCGUAAGUUUCGAAAAUGUAAAAUUAGUGGAAAGAUGAAAGUUAUGCCAAUUAAAUAGGUAUUCAAGAUCCUACGCAUUUCUAGGGCUUUCGGGUAUGAUUAUUUGGUGGAGAAGCCUAGGUCACUAGUUUUAGACUAUCGAAGCUCGACGAUGGGGAGAAGCAAGCGAAAUCUGAAUUUGGCCUAUUCUUGAAAUAAACAACUCGUACACGCUCUUUUAUCCUUAUGCUUCCACUGAUACCUACUCGAUAACGAACCUGAAUGGCUUUUUAGGACCAAUUCCAGCAUCGAAAAAGAUAAAUGUUGACUAAUCUGGCUAAAAUAGGAAAGUUGGGGAAGAGUGCAUUUUCAUCGUGAAAGAUUUAAUCCAGCCACAGGUUCCCCUACAACUGUCUUGUUACGAUUUAACCCAGUUGACUGCUAAUUCCCCUUCCUUAGGUCUCAAAUGUGAUUAAUCCAGCCGUCAGUCCCGGCGGAUUAAUUAAAUAUAUCAAUGCAUGAAAAACUCCUUUGGUUUUAUCUGUCCCUGCCCCUGGCAAACAGCUAGGAUAUAAUAUAAAUAGUUGUGCUUUUCUCAGAAGUUCCAUUCCUGUCAAUUGAAAUAUCUUUCUUCUAGUCGGAGUUGGCCAGAAACGAGUCGAAGCGCUACCUCGAAACCGCUCUACUCCACCCGAUUUUUAGAACCUCGUUCAAGGAUUUGAUCAAUCAUGGCGUCAAAGCGGAUUCAAAACGAGCUCAAGGAUCUCCUUAAAGAUCCUCCUACCUUUUGUAGCGCUGGUCCAGUUGCUGAAGAUAUGUUUCAUUGGCAAGCAACAAUUAUAGGUCCACCUGACGGUGCUUAUGCUGGUGGAGUGUUUCAUCUUACUGUUGAUUUUCCAGCUAACUAUCCAUUUAAGCCACCAAAGGUAACUUUCAAGACACAGGUUUUCCACCCAAACAUCAACAACAAUGGUAACAUUUGCCUAGACAUUUUGAUGGAUCAGUGGAGCCCUGCACUUACAAUCUCCAAGGUAUUGCUCUCUAUCUGUUCUCUGCUAACAGACCCUAAUCCUGAUCACCCUUUGGUGCCGGAGAUUGCUUAUAUGUACAUGACUGAUAGAAGCCAGUAUGAGACACUUGCCCGAGUUUGGACUCAAAAAUAUGCCAUGGAUUAGUUGCUGGUGACCAUUCUGGAGGGGCUCCUUUGCUUUUGUGAUAUUUUGUAUUAUGUACUAUGUACUAAGAAAUUCUGUUCUUAACUUCUUAUGCAUGGGUAAAGGUCGAACAGAUCCUUCUUGGAACAAUUUGAUUUGCUCUUUGUUUGUGGGAAUCUAAUGGUGUUGAAAACUCUAUGCUGGGUUCAAAGUAUGCAUUUUGACCCUUUUCA